UUCACAUCAGGAGAUUGGAUCGAUUCUUGAAUAGCGGUGAACUGCGUGCAGUCGCAUGAUGUGAUCGAAACCGUGAAUCCACGAGAGCUCUCAAAUCCAUCUGUUUCCUUCCUUGCAAUGGGACUAUGUGGGACUAUAAGCGCCCUGGAUAAAUAAAUCGCGACUUUUAAUAUAGCGACGAAAUUCUGUUUCAUGUGGACUAGUUUACAAAACACGACGGCGGAAAGGAACGGAACAGGCAAUUUUAGAAGUCGGGGUUUGACAGGUGCCUUUGCCCGGCUUGGUGUGGAGAUAUGCAUCCUGUUCAAAAAACGGUUUCUGAUCUCCGCUCCCGAGUGGAAGGCUACGAGAGGACAGAGGACUCCUCCAGUAAGAUGUCGGCGACUGCCCAAGAAGACGGCAGAGUGAUCUUCAUCAACCAGCCCCAGUACGCCAAGUUCUGCGGCAACCAUGUCAGCACUGCGAAGUACAACGUCCUCACAUUCCUCCCUCGGUUCCUGUAUGCUCAGUUCAGACGGGCGGCCAAUUCCUUCUUCCUGUUCAUCGCACUCCUGCAGCAAAUUCCUGACGUAUCUCCAACGGGACGCUGGACCACCCUGGUCCCUCUGCUUCUCAUCUUGGUGGUGGCAGCAGUGAAGGAGGUCAUCGAGGACCUGAAGCGCCACAAGGCUGACAACGUAGUGAACAAGAAGAAAACGCAAGUGCUGAGAAAUGGAUCUUGGAAGAUUGUCCACUGGGAGAAGGUGGCCGUCGGAGAGAUAGUCAGAGCCAGCAACGGGGACCACCUCCCGGCCGACCUCGUCAUUCUGUCCUCCAGCGAGCCACAAGCCAUGUGCUACAUCGAGACUUCAAAUCUGGAUGGAGAGACCAACCUCAAGAUUCGCCAGGGCCUGCAGGUGACCGCGGAGGAGCGCGAUGUCGACCGCCUGUCGAGGCUAGCAGGGCGCAUGGAGUGUGAGAACCCCAACCGCCACCUCUAUGACUUUGUGGGGAACAUCCGCCUGGAGGGCCUCAGCACUGUGCCUUUGGGUCCAGACCAGAUUCUGCUGAGAGGAGCUCAGCUCCGGAACACACAGUGGGUCCACGGCAUUGUGGUCUACACUGGGCACGACACCAAGUUAAUGCAGAAUUCUACAAGACCACCCCUGAAGUUGUCCAACGUGGAGCAAAUUACCAACUUCCAGAUUCUGGCCCUGUUCGGCUGCCUGCUAGCCAUUUCCAUGGUGUGUUCCAUCGGCCAGACCAUCUGGAAAGUCCACCACGGCGAUGCCGCCUGGUACAUGGACCUCAAUUCUCCAGAUGGUGGCGCUGCCAACUUUGGACUCAACUUCCUGACCUUCAUCAUCCUCUUCAACAACCUGAUUCCCAUCAGCCUGCUGGUCACCUUGGAGGUCAUCAAGUUCAUCCAGGCCUUCUUCAUCAACUGGGACCCGGACAUGCACUAUGAAGUCACCAAUACACCUGCAAUGGCUCGGACCUCUAACCUCAAUGAAGAGCUGGGACAGGUGAAGUACAUCUUCUCAGACAAAACGGGGACCUUGACCUGCAACGUGAUGCAGUUUAAGAAGUGCACCAUCGCGGGCAUAGCCUAUGGUCACCGCUCAGAUGAAGAUUAUGGUUAUUUUGAGGAUGAAGGACACACUGCGCAAAUGGCCGAAGAGGAGGGAUUUAACGACACCAGCCUGCUGGAGAACCUUCAGAGCGGCCACCCCACUGCGCCCACCAUCCUGGAGCUCAUGACCAUGAUGGCCGUCUGCCACACUGCCGUACCAGAGCGGACCGGUGACGAGAUCAUCUACCAAGCGGCGUCUCCAGAUGAGGGAGCACUGGUGAGAGCAGCGAGGGACCUCGGAUUUGUGUUCUCUGGCCGAACCCCGGACUCCGUCAUCAUCAAAUGUCUAGACCGGGAGGAAAGAUACGAGCUGCUGAAUGUUCUAGAGUUCACAAGUUCCAGGAAAAGGAUGUCUGUCAUCAUGCGAACUCCGUCCGGAAAGAUCCGCCUUUACUGCAAAGGGGCGGACACUGUCAUCUAUGAUCGGCUGGCUGCCUCCUCUAAAUAUAAAGAAAUCACCCUGACUCACUUGGCGCAAUUUGCCACAGAAGGGCUGCGCACACUGUGCUAUGCAGUAGCCGACAUCUCGGAGGGCUCAUACCAGGAGUGGAUGGAGGUGUACCACCGUGCUGCAACUGCGCUACAUCAUCGCGCACUGAAGAUGGAGGAAAGCUUCGAGCUCAUCGAAAAGAACCUGCAGUUGCUGGGGGCGACGGCCAUCGAGGACAAGCUCCAGGACAACGUUCCAGAGACAAUUGAGACCCUUAUGAAAGCUGACAUCAAGAUAUGGAUCCUGACCGGGGACAAGCAAGAGACCGCCAUCAACAUUGGACAUUCCUGCAAACUGCUUACCAAGAACAUGGUCCUCCUGGUGGUAAAUGAAGAUUCACUUGACGGCACAAGGGAGGCCCUCAACCAGCACUGCAGCAUGCUGGGAAAUCCCCUGCACAAGGAGAGUGAUUUCGGCCUGAUCAUCGAUGGAAAGACGCUAGAGCACGCCCUCGCCUUCGGUGCUCGGCAGCUGUUCUUGGACUUGGCGCUGUCCUGCAAGGCUGUCAUCUGCUGCAGGGUGUCCCCGCUGCAGAAGUCCGAAGUGGUGGAAAUGGUGAAGAAGCAGGUGCGCGUCAUCACGCUGGCCAUCGGCGACGGCGCGAACGACGUGGGCAUGAUCCAGACCGCGCACGUGGGCGUGGGCAUCUCGGGCAACGAGGGCCUGCAGGCCGCCAACUCCUCCGACUACUCCAUUGCCCAGUUCAAGUACUUGAAGAACCUGCUGCUGGUCCACGGCGCCUGGAACUACGACCGAGUGGCCAAGUGCAUCCUCUACUGCUUCUACAAGAACAUCGUCCUGUACAUCAUCGAGAUCUGGUUUGCCUUUGUGAACGGUUUCUCCGGUCAAAUCCUGUUCGAGCGCUGGUGCAUUGGGCUGUACAACGUGUUAUUCACGGCACUGCCUCCUCUUACUCUGGGGAUAUUUGAGCGCUCCUGCAGGAAAGAGAACAUGCUGAAGUACCCAGAGCUCUACAAGACAUCCCAGAAUGCAAUGGGCUUCAAUACCAAGGUCUUCUGGGCCCAUUGUCUGAACGGCCUCUUCCACUCCGUCAUCCUCUUCUGGGUUCCCCUCAUAGCCUUCAAGCAUGACACGGUCUUUGGAAGCGGCAAGACACCGGACUACCUUCUCCUCGGGAACAUGGUCUACACGUUUGUGGUGAUCACUGUGUGUCUCAAAGCUGGUCUGGAAACUUCCUCCUGGACUGUGUUCAGUCACAUUGCCAUCUGGGGCAGUAUCGGCCUGUGGGUGGUGUUCUUCUGGAUGUACUCCUCGCUGUGGCCCCUCGUCCCCCUGGCCCCGGACAUGUCAGGACAGGCGGCCAUGAUGUUUAGUUCCGGGGUGUUCUGGAUGGGCCUGAUCUUCAUCCCCAUCACCUCUCUCAUGUUGGACGUGGCCUACAAAGUGAUGAAGAAGCUCUUUUUCAAGACCCUAGUGGAUGAGGUGCAGGAGCUGGAGGCUGUGUCCCAGGACCCUGGAGCAGUGGUUCGUGGGAAAAGCCUGACGGAGCGAGCUCAGCUCCUGAAGAACGUCUUCAAGAAGCGCACGGUUGCCGUGUACCGCUCAGAGUCCAUGCAGCAGAACUUACUGCAUGGCUAUGCGUUCUCGCAGGAUGAAAAUGGCGUAGUCUCCCAAUCGGAUGUUAUGCGGGCUUAUGACACCACCAAGCAUCAGAAGGAUGAGUCCUGAAGCUCUGCCCCCUUGGGACACGCCCCUUCCUCAGAGAUGCAGUCCUAUGACUGUGCUUCAACCUGAGUGCACAGGAAGUUGCUGAACCUCUUCCUGGAUCUUCUGUUCACACACACACACACACGUGUGUGUGUGUGUGUGUGUGACCAGAAGAUCCAGGAGGUGUUCCAGACAUUUCCUGUGUGUAUGUGUACAGUACUGUGUAAAAGGCAAAGACCACUCUUUCUUUUAUUCAGUUUCCAGUCAAAUCAGUCAUUCAGUGCAAAUUAGAAUUUUUUUCAGUGUCAGACAAUAAUUCAAGAAACAUAUAUUUAAUAGAAAAUCCUCCACCACUACCUGUAAUAUCAAGUCUAUCAGUAUUUGUUCACUCUUUCUUUUGUGAACCCUACUACCACUUAAAGUCGUACUUAAAGUCCUCUAUCCUUCUAAUCAACAAGUUACAGUUGUGUCCUCCCAAAUGAAGUCGUUACGAAAAGUGUCAAUGACAUGUUAGAACCCUUUACCUUCAAAAGUUACUCUAACAUUUAAACAAAUAACUACUCAAACACACCUUAGCUGCCUUGUAGAUUUCUUUGUCAUGUGCAACUAAAAUGGCUAAAGUAGAUAUUUCUGAUGAGAUUAGAUAAUUUGUUUGUGUAUAGGAGGUGAAAGUCAAAGAAAAUGAGUGAAAAAAUAGGAGUUUUCAAAACCGGAGUUAAUGGCUGACGCUUAAUGGCUAUUUUCACUGGAAAGUAAAUAAAUGAAAUGAAUAACAAUAAUGCACUAAACAGUAAAUUCUGUGUUCACUUUCCUGUAGCUGUGUAUCAAGUUGAAAUAACCACUGUAGUUUCACUGUAACAGCCUGCAAGUCUGAAGUCUGCCUUGUCAGCCGAUGGGAGAGAGUUUAGUAUUAUACAAUGCACAAUGGCUCCUCUCUUCAAUCUCUUGAAAACAAAUUGUAAGGGGUAUAGCCAUAUGGCUCUUUUUUUACCAUGCUCUUAAAAUGGUUUCUCGGUAGAUGGUACAUAAAUAUGUGAUCGCGACAGAAUAAUCCAGAUUAUUUUUAAAAACAUUUUUUGGGAAAUGCAAAGCAAGGCUUGAAGGAGUCUCAUCUGCCAUAGAAAAACUACUGUGUUUCGAGGCUGUGAUUCAUGAGCGGUUGGAUGCUAGUAUUGAACAGACCCUAUUUUCCAAAUAGACUGGAUAUUUUUGUGUUUUGUUUUUUUUUCUUGCACUGAAAUGUUGAACAUUUAGGGAAUUUUACGGGUCCUUGCCUUUGGACAUAAUUGUCUUUUUUUUUUUAGUGUUCAUUUUUAUUUUAUUUUAUUUGCAAAAUGCACUUUUGACACAGUGCUGUGAACUGGCUUUUUAAAAUUGCCAUUUUGUGUGAAGUUUUUGCUUAUCAGUUAAUUGCAUUCCAUGUGUGACUCAGCUGCAAAUAUCACAACAGUGCCUAAAAUAAUUAUUCCCCAAAUAAAAUGUAUUCAAGAGGUCAGUUAUGAUUGUACCCCCAUAAGGGAGAUGAAACUGAUUAUUGGGACACCUUGCUUGUGUGUUCAUAAUCUAGCUGACAUAUGUUGUAUUUUUGAUUGCGUGUCCAUGUGGAGAGCUACGUAGCACAACGAUCUAACAGUUUUGAUAAGGGUGAAGUCUGGGUAAAUCUCACGAAGUUAUUUUGACUUCUAUCAUCACAUUUUUGUUCAAAGCUUCCUCUUUGAACUGAGUUUUAGUUGAGUUAUGAAUCAAAAAUCACAUUAGUUUAAGAGAGAAUAGUAAGUUUUCGUAAAUCCUCAAUGUAAUGUUAGGUCUCAAUACUUCUUUUGUGAAUUCAUUUUUAUAUAGUAACUGGACUAGUAGUUUUUUUUUUUGUUUUUUUUUACAUUGGCCUACUGCACUGUAAUGAAUUUUUCAUUAAUUCUGAACUGAUUUUCUUUCAGACAGAUGGUAUAUCUGCCUGGCAAUGUUUUGUACAAGGCAAUGGGAAAAGAAAGUGGAAAAUGUAUAGAUAUUCGUUACAUUUUUAAAGAUGCCUAUUUGAUAAUGUAAAAAAAAAUAAUAAUGUGUUGAGUUUGUUCCUUUCUCCCUGUGGGAGAACUGUUUUUGUUCAGGGUGGGGCGUAUGUGCAUUUAAUAUGUGUGUAACCUCCGUGCCUGUUGUGUGUGUGCCAGUUAAUAUAUUUACGGUUUCAGAGUUCCUGUGGAUGAAUGAAUGUGUGCGUAACAGAUUUGGGUUGUGUACACAUGGCAGUAGCACUCACCCCCUCAUCUGCAUGACCUCAGAUGUAAUGCUAGUUGACCUGUUCCCCACCCAACAUCCACGCCCUGUAUGCCAAGAGACCUUCCAGUGCCCACCCCCCUGGCCAUUAAUUAGGGGCGAUAAGCCCUGCUCUACAGGGAGUGCCAGGAUGUUUUUUUUUAAUCAUUUAUAAUCCAAAAAGGGGACAUUCCUUGCCAUUUAGAAGUUGCACUGUCCCGUACUACAUUUUUCUGUGUAACAUGUACAGUUUGGCUAUGUGUACUUCUCUGCAUAGUCUUCAGGAGCAUGUUUUAAAAUUUGAAAGAAUCUUAAUGAUUUUUGAAUUUUAUUUAUUAAUAUUCAUUGAGGGAUGUAAUUUCUUAUGGCUUUUGUUCAAUUUCAAUAUACAAUUGGAAAACAUUGCUUUCAUAACCACUUUGAGAAUCAGAUUUUUUUUUUUUUUUUUUUGGUUGUCAAUCAGAGAAUAUGUUGGUUUCUGAUGUGUAGUUCUGCUUGUUUUCUGAUGCGCAGUUCUGCUUGUAUGUCAAAUGAAUCCUCAGACAUAAAGGUGGAACACCUGCCGCAAAGCUUCGAUCAUCUUAUCUGUGAGCCUUAGCAGAACAGGUGGGCUUUAUCGCUGAAUUGAUUCUGUGUGCUGCCAAUCACUUUUAGAAAGAAAAUGCACUUUUAACUGUGAUUAUGCAUUCUUUUUAAUAUACAUCCCAGGAGAUUCCUCUGCAUGUGGCGACUGCUGCUUAUUAACAUUUAAAAUGUAUUUUACUGCCAUGAUGGACAGUGGAAAUAAACUUUACCAAUGGGGGGUAACAUUUUAA